AUUCAAUGGCGGUGCGCCGCCGCCGUAGUGUGCUGUGCUCCUUCAUGCUGCGGCCCCUUCCCUUCAUACUCUUUUGAAACCCUCUCCACGCGCGGGGCAGACGACAGGAGCAGCUCAGUUUUUCGUUCGCGCAGCAAACCAUAGUGGAACAGGCGGAAAGGCAGUCAGUCAGCCAGCCAGCCAGCCAGCCAGUAGCACAGAAAGCUGGUGUAAGACUGCCGUUGAUCCUGUAGUAGUAGCAGUGCUGAUGGUGGAUACCCGUCAUAUUGUCAUUUUGCGUAGCUGAUCCCAGCCUCGGAUUCGGAUCAUUUACUGAUAUGUAUAUAUAGUAGAUAUACCCGACGUUGAUCGAUAAUCAGUGAUUUUUUAAGUGCUUAGUCGGCUGGUUAAUCAGUGUCUCCGGAAAGAAAUCUGCCCUCAGAGCAACGGGGAACGUUCGCAGACGUGUAGUAGAGUGGUGUUCGGCUCGUUAACACUGCGCGGACAUGCUCAGUUGCUAAGGUGGGGAGAUAUUGUACAGUCAACGUGCUACUUUACUAUGUAGGAGUAUAACAAUAUGUUUAAUACGAAUGAAGCCAAACUCUUUUAUGUGUCCAGCUAGUACGUAAAGCUGUCCGUACGGCUUAAUUUCGCAGAACUGCUAUUGGAUAUUAUACGCACGAAUGUUGUUAGCUAGGCAGGAGUGUUUGACGGAGGUUAAGGUGACGGUGGUUCCAAAGCAGAAUGUGUGAGGCCGCUAAGAAUGGUGAAGAUUAUACUGACUUGAAUCUUGUAACUACAUCUCUAGACGAUAUCGUAUCUGUUAGCCUUCCAGGGUCAUUGUUCCUUGCUAGCUUCUCCGUCAAAUACAAUCCUAGAUUAAAAACAACACAGAAGUCGACUCUCUAACCAGCGGCUAUCACACUGACCCGACACUGACAAACUGCCUCGUCGUCAGUCUUUUGUUUUUUGCUGCCAGCAACAACUAACGUAUCAGUUGCUUGUUUGGCCCGCAGAAAUACGCAGUCUUGUCAUCGACAUCGGUACUUCAAUAGGCCGCUGUAGAGAUGAAGUCAUCGAGCAAUGAAUAACUUUUCGAUUUCAACACGUGUUUAACUGCUACAACCACAAGUGCAGAGACCAUAGUUACUUGCGACCUGCAAUAACAACAGCCAGAGCGUCAUCAUCUGAUCUCCUUUGACCUCUAUCGGGGGUCUGAGAGCCCAGAUAAGAAUCUUUCAUUAUAAAUAAUACACGCUCGCCUGAUAGUCUCUAUUGCCCCCUCGUUCUUAACCACGUUAGUUAAAUCAUAAAACUAUUUGCGCAAGUACAUACAAGAUAAGGUAUAAUCGUCCUAUAUUGAACAUUACGUUAACGAGACCUAACCCGCGCAACCUAUAUUCGACUGGCUGAACCGUGUUCGGAAGAUGGAUGGCUUGUGAAGCGUAGGGCCUAUCUCGGUGUUGGUUCCGACAUAGGUAAUACGCCUUGACAACAGUGAGGAAGUAUCUCCAUGAGAUUGGCGAAGAAAACAAAGGCACUCCUGUCACAGAGAACGAUAGGACGACAGAAGCAGAUAUGGUUGGCCGUCUAUAAUAAUGAGUACCCACAUACGUGUAUAUAUAUAUAUAUAUAUAUAUAUAUAUACAUGUAUAUGUACAUCUAGUGUGUAAAUUGAGCGUGUAGUUCGUGCGCCGAGAACGUGACAUUGUGUGCUCAUACAACAGAGGAUUACAAAAUGCAUAAGUGACAAGAGUACAAUAUAAUAAGAACACGUAACACCCCUAUCACGAGAAUAAGUUCGGGCCAUUAUAAAUUGAAUAAAUAAGUAGAAGCUAUACGUUGACUAACGCAGCAUGCAUAGUCAAAUGAUAAAUAAAGGCUUUCUAUUAUGGUCAAGCGUUGCUAGGAUUGGCCAAUGCCUUGAACAGCAGCUACGAUAACAACAACAUUUAGGAUACCCCGGGGCCGUCUUAUUGAACCCCUCGUUUUAGAAUCUGGCGCAAAUCCUGGCAUUCGUCUAGCUCGUUGCAGAAACAAGUGGACAAGUCUAGAGAGAAACUUGCCCCCCGUACAGCAAACACCAACAUUUCGUACAGAAUUUAUUCCCGCCCGACUCCAAUUCACAUUGAUUCAUUAUUGGUGGAAAAACCGGAUAAUUAGUCCCUUCUUCUUCUGGUGCCUUUUCGGAUACUAUUAUCUUCGUCCAUAAUUAAGUCUAUUUACUUUAAUUUUAGCUGACAACUGCCAGCUGACUAGCGUCGUUGAUACUUAAGUCUGUUCGUGUUUUUUCGGUGUACAUAAAUGUAUUUAGUGUCGCGGGCAUAACCAAGUCUUCGUUCACAUGUGAUACGUUCAAGAACGGGUCUUCUGUUCUGCUCAAAGAGAUAUGGCCACACUGCGACUUGAACGGGUGGAGUUGCGAAAUCCGGCAGGCGGAUGUCUGAGCGAAGGUAAACGGUACUUCGAAUGAGACGUCAUCCGGCUAAUGUGACCACUUCAAAGCAAGAACUCUGCAGAGAUCCGUUUUCCCCGUGUUAACGAGAACAGGAAGGAUAUCUUGCAUUCUUCCUCAAAGUGCAGCUCGGAAUACCAUGGAUCGGACAGCAGCGAUAACAACGACACGGCCGUCGUGCCCAUCAAGGACCAGUUCAUAUUCAAUUUUACUGCUGUUCUUUGUAGCACAGGUCCUUCGGAAUGAGGCCGCGUGGCAAGACAACAUUCAACCAAAACUUCGCAUCAACACCUUACCGGUCGAUCGUGUGGUACGAUUUCGGAGUGAACAAGAAAAUGACCACUUCCGUUUAUUGGACCAUGAUGGAGACUUUCUACUUAUCGGCGCCAAAAAUAUGGUUUACAAUGUGUCGGCGGCCACGUUAUCGGUUCGUCGUCGCCUUGAGUGGCGUCCGUCGGACUCCGAUGUCAAGAUGUGCAUAUUGAAAGGUAAAAGUGAGGCAGCCUGUCACAACUAUAUUCGGGUCAUUGCCAAGAAGGCCCAUGAUCGUGUCCUCGUGUGCGGAACAAACGCAUACAAACCUAGGUGCCGUGACUAUGCGCUGUUACCUAGCGGGCCACCGCCGUCCGGAUCUUCGGCGUCCGAUCACAAGGGCAAAAAUCAGCGUUCACCUGAUAGAGAGUUCAGUCUGACCGACGAAAAGCCCGGCGAGGGUCUCUGUCCAUAUGACCCUAAUCACAACUCGACGUUUACAUUUGCCGCGCCCUUGGGAUAUCGAACAGAUGGCGACCUUUAUGCGGGCACAGUUGGACAAUUUUCGGGUGCUGAUCCGCUCAUUUAUCGCAAGCCAUUGCGUACAGAACAAUUUGAUCUCAAGCAUCUAAAUGCGCCUCAGUUCGUCUCAUCCAUGCAUCUUGGCGGCUUCGUGUACUUCUUCUUCCGGGAGAGCGCGGUCGAAUAUAUCAACUGUGGCAAAGCCGUGUAUUCGCGGGUGGCGCGCGUUUGCACAAAUGAUCAGGGGGGGCCGCACAAAUUUAAGGAACGCUUCACGUCGUUCCUGAAGGCCCGUCUCAACUGUUCGAUUCCCGGGGAUAUGCCAUUUUACUUUAACGAGCUCCAGUCGACCAGUCCUAUUGUGGAGGGUUCGUAUCGCGGCGAGCGCGCUCGUCUCAUCUACUCUGUGUUAACGACGGGUGCCAACUCCAUCUCCGGUUCGGCUGUGUGCGCGUUUCGUCUCGACGAUAUCGACACCGCCUUCCAUGGCUCGUUCAAGGGUCAAGAGGACAAAAACUCGAAUUGGCUUCCAGUCAUCAAUUCGAAGGUGCCCGAACCACGACCUGGUCAGUGCGUCAACAAUAGCAAAUCCCUGCCCGAUGUCACGCUGAACUUCAUCACCAAUCACCCGCUGAUGGAUCAAGCGGUACCGGCAUAUCUGGGCAGGCCGGUCGUCGUACACACCGGUUUCAGUUAUCGCUAUACAUAUAUUGCGGUCGACCCUCAAGUCGAAGCUGUUAGUGGCAAGAUGUACGAUGUGCUGUUCAUUGGCACCGAUCACGGCCAUGUUCUCAAGGUGAUUAACAUUGCCUCACUGACAGAGGCCGCAAGUGACAAUAGUCAUACGGCCGAACCGGUCAUUGUUGAAGACGUCUACGUGUUUGGACGACCGGGGGAUCCCGGACCAUCAUCGGGGUCGGGUGGAUCUUCUUCGGCAGCUCAUUCCGGCCCCGUGGCUGUUACCAACCUCGUCGUCCAGCGCUCGCCCUACGAGCAGAAACUUAUUGUGGUGAGCAAUAGUGAAAUCCAGGGAGUGCCUCUGUUCCAUUGCCAGCGUGCCCAGAAUUGCGGUGACUGCGUCCGCCUGCAAGAUCCCUACUGCGCGUGGAGUCUCGACGAGCGCAAGUGCACUCACAACUGGCGAAGGGACCGUCACUCCAGUGUUCAAAGCAUUGAGCAUGGCUGGGAUGAGCGAUGCGGAGCGAACUCGGACGAAGCGUUAAAAGGUGAUACAUUUGAAGCAGUGUCCCACAAUCGGCUUACGCUUCUGGAUCCAACUGCGCGUUUUCAACUGCGUCUCAUAGAUCCAUCGACGCACGAUCCUAAAUUAGCAGUUUCCGUCUCCUCUAAUAGGAACAUCUCCUUGGCUGCACUACCUUGUAAACCCUGUGACUACAUCCUGAAUCCUACCAAUACCAGGGCCUCUUCAGUUUCGCAUGCUACUAUUAACGCGCGGCCUCAUCCAAACUCCGGCGCUAUCGUCGAUGACCCAAGGUCGUCGUCUUCGCCUGAUCUUCCUGGUCUUGACCAUCACCCGGAUGGGCCGAACGUCAUUCCUGGGACAUUUUUCACGUCUGCAAACGUAUACUCUGUCGAAACGCUGGCCAUAGCUAUCACAACUUCGAUAGUCACGUCUCUUGUAGUAGGCUUCAUUAGCGGCUAUAUAUUUGCCAGGAGGUGGAAAAACGACAUAGACGUGGAUUCCGGACCGGAGGACUACACGAGGUAUGUGGACAUAAACCGUAUGGGUGGAUUAAUGGGACCCGAUCUUGGAGUCGGCUACGGUGGAGGUCAUUAUGAGCCAACUUACGCUCUCCCGCCCGGAAUGAACGUCGGUGGUCCUCGGCCGAUCAAUCUCGUUCUCAAUAAGAAUGGAAAACCUACAAAUCAUUUAUCAAAUCAUCCCUCCGCGAACCUUGCCAACAGCCCGAUGGCAAUGAACAACAUAGGCACUCUAGACAACAACAAGACCACCACCCUUCAGAAGGUAAAGAAGAUCUACCUAUAGCCAAGUGCUCCAGCCCCGCAGCCGCCGAUGUCUCCAAUUUACGCUGAUCCCGACAACAAUGAUGAGAGGUUCGGCUAAAAAGUGAACUCUUACAUCAGCUACCGACAAGAAAGCAACUGCUAUGAAUGUAUGACUGGAGGCAUGGAGUCGCCAAAAGGAAAAUUAAGAAUCUCGAAAAGCUCAAAGCGGCCGGGUGCGUUUCAUGGGGCCUUGAGGUGUCUCAUCGGUAGUGGUUCCACUGCCAUCGACGAACUCCGCUUUCAUCCUUCCAGCCCCUAUUAAGCUCCAAAAAUCUCGUCAUAUUAUAGAUUUGAAGAGGAAAUUCCUAUUGAAAGAAAUAGGAGCGACUCUUCAAUCUAACUGAAAUGAUUUUUUUCCUUGUUUUCUAUGUUUUAUGUCAUCCGACUUUUGCUUCACGACUUCGGCAGAACCUGUGGCCGCCUUGUCGGAUGAAGAAAGCUGAUGUAAUGAAAACAAAGGCGAGACAUCCAUAAGGGCGGGGCUGCUUGGUGAAACUUCUUUGCCCUCUGCAGUGGGUGCAUGUAAAUGGGCGCCGUGCGUGUAAUCGAAACCCAAAUGAACUUGCACCAAAAGUCACACGUCAAAAGUAAGAGAUUAGCCAAAUCGACGCGAAAUGGUUCCUAGACCCACAUCUAGAUUAACCCACCCGUUGCUUAUUUGCAGGCCUACAGCCAUGCUCGCGAACAGAAUAAUGCUGUUAUUUAUUAAUAGAUAGCCAUAUAUAACGCAUACCUCCAGCCCAAACAAAUGGCGUUCUUCUAAACGUUCGUUGUAUUUCAGUUCUCCGACGACACAUUUUGACGCCAAUGAAUCCAAGUUAGACAGAACGUGUAACAGUAUUAUUGUAACUAUAUGCUACAACUUCAUGCCAAAACAGUGACAUCAAACGAGUACCACUACCUUAAUAACUUAGUGAACAACAGCGACAAGGGGAUGCAUGGAAAAGUUUGAUGAAUCUGCAUGAUAUGACCGCGAUCGGCAGAGAUGAUGGCGGGUGCUAUUAAUAUGGGAAAAAAAUCUGAAAGAGAUAAUGAUAAUAGUGCAGUGUGGCCUACGAGACGUUCUACCGAGCACGUACACGAAAAGCAUACACAUAAACAUAUAUAGAAAUAUAAAAACCGCUAAGACAGGGAAUAUAAGCUAUUGAAUUACUAUUAAUUAGUAACUACGGGAAAAUCGGUCGGCGCCUUCCCACCCACGACUGUUCAAGGUCUUCCCGCCUAUUGUGCUGUCAUUGGUUUUAUAACAACGACUUGCCUAAAAUGAUAGAAGUGAAUGAAAUUAAAGCCGAUGAUAACACACACGAAAGAUGAGCCAAAGCAAUUAAUCGAUAGACAUGGGCAGUGAUCCCGUUUUAAAGUAAUACGACUAAUCUGAACAUUAUUGGAACUGUUUAAUAAUGAGAGAAGGUAGGCCACCGCUGUCAUCACAUCGUUGUGGUGGAACGCUGCCCCCUGAUUCGCCAUCUUGAUCUGAUACCAAAGACACAGCAAGCGUCCCGUCUUUGAAUUAACGGGCGGCGGUAAUUUCAAAAGUGUAAUUAAACAUCAUGUGAUGAGCCUUUUAUUGACGAAAAUGAGGGACGAAAAUAUUGAUUCUCGAUCACGAUUCGUUGACUUUCGCCUGCUUGCGUCCGUUUAAAGGACACGUAACGCCUAUGAGAAUGUACAGUAAUAUAACGGGAUUUAACUAUAUAGCCUUAGGGUAGUAUAUAUUUGUGGUUCGUCAAGGCAUUACCAAUUGACAAUACUUGUAUUUGACGUGCGGAUGGUAAUCAAUCAGGCGUUGCUUACUACGAAAGCGGGCAUGUGGGAAAAAUCCAAAAACCUCGAUUGGUUCUUAGAAUAUUGUUUUCUCGAUAGGCGGCAUACAUUUUAAUAGUACCAUAACCAUUAGGCUUGGUGUUAACUUCUACCUAAAUUCUUGCCGCAAAAAAAUCUCGUAGACCCCCCUGAAAGGGAAACACUUACGAGUCACUGAAAGAGUGGCCACAUAGUGUAAUUGUAUUGUUGCAGUAUAAUCAGCUGGACAGCCUCUUCAGGGUAGCUCGCUUGCUUAAUCCGUGUUCUCGAUGUGUUUCACCUGAUAAUCUGCGCAGAAACCUAAUCUAGACCGUUCCUGUGCUCACUCCAGUUCUCUACAACAUGUCAGAAAGCAGGCGUUUCUGUUCAGUCGCUCAUAUUUGCCUCUUAUUGAGCAUUUAUUAAGAAGCCGUGUGAAAAACAAGAAACUCACUAAUGUGAAGGGUUUUUGUGAGAAUCCGCAUGUAAUACUGAGGGUAAAUUUCCUGUCGCAGCAUUCAACGUUAAGUCCCCACUUUCGUUGUUUCGCAACGAGCAUGUCGGCGAUGAGACGAUCAUCAAAUGCCUCGUGUAAUAAAAACUACCGACGAGAUUCAUUUAUAUGUAACAGUGCUUCAUCAUGUAAAAAGGACGAUUUCACAGGGUGAAUGGGUACUCACAACGAAUGAGCUGACCAGCUAGAAGGGAGAGAAAGUGAGAGAGCGGAACGAUAUGAAUAAGAGUCCGUAAGUAAAUAAAAGUUAAAAGCUAUCACAGAUUUCCUUGAGACGAAUGAUAGUAAUAACAAUAAUUAUUAUUGCCAAUGAUAACCCAGUGUACAAUGUCCCUACACACGCUUACACCCCGAUAAAAAUAUACCUAUUGUAUUCAAUGGAGGAAAAGGGUAGAGCAGGAGCAAUGCAACACGCUGUAGGAGACUCUAUGCAACGCCAAUAACUAGUCGCGAUACAAAGAGAGUUAUCAAUAUUAUUGUAGAUAAAGUAUAAUUAAUGCUGAACAAAGAAUAAUUAGAAAAAGAUUAUACAUGUAACAAUACAAUAGAAGGACAAUAAUAUCAAAUGUCUCUCCAAAGGUAGGGGAGACGCUGAAAGGAGGAGGAAAGUCAAUUUAAAACAUUUCAAGUUUAUAUGUAAUUUUAGAGAAGCAAUGAAAACAACAUUAAGAGGAGAUCAUUUCUUCACUGGUUAAAAACAUGCUUAGAAACCGGAACGACAGCUUAUUGUUUACUCUGUAACUGCAAGUACUGAUAAUCUUUGGGCAAAAGAAAUUUACAAUGAGAGGUCCAACCAACAAGUUUCAUUGUUUGCUUUGGUAUUGUGGAGACAUUGGGUUAAGUCGUCUUCUUCUUUUGCUUGGGCCGACACAUGUUUGGGUUACUACACCGCCCCAUUUAAAAAAAACCAUUACAGUUGCCAGUGAUGCGGUGAGGACCAAUUUGAUCUAACUGAAUAAUACACGAGAACCAACAUUACGUUGUCGUUCUCAUUAUAUAUUAUCUGGAGGCUGCAAGCCUUUUCUAGAUGUUAAAGGCCGGAAUACGUGUGUUUUUUAUUUUUAGCUAGAACACAUGUAGAAUAGCAUGUUGAAUGUAAACACGCGACAUGAUUAUGGUUUAUUCUAUUUGUAGCAUUUGUUAAACUCUACAAACCUAGAUCUAGGUGACUAGCAAUUCAGUUGUUUACAUUAUUAUUAUUUGAAAAUGAAUCCUAUUUUUGUCCCAUGAUUCAACGUAUUUAGGCUAAAUGCCUAUUCUUUGAAAUGGUCAGUUUCGACAACGCCAUGCCUUCAUGGACCCCACGCACCGUAACAUACCAGCUUACCGAGUAUGACAAGCUAUAGCAAAAUCAAUUGAGAACGGUUAAACGUCUUUGAGUCGACCGACCAUAUAUAUAUAUAUAUGGCCAUUGCAUAAUUUUACGUAAUAUAUAUUCUACGCAAUGUGUUUAGCAACACGAGCUCGUGUUAACUUUGUGCUAGUUCGUCCAUUCGUGACCUUGUACUGUAUUUGAAGUUUUAACAAUUCAAGUUUAGGUAGGAUGCACACUUAUUGCACACACAGAGCAUAAUGAGUUCCCUUAAUAGAGUUUUGGUUCUGAAUCGCGCCAUCACCCGUUCGUUUUGUACGGCACACAGACAUUUUGGAUCAUUUGUAUAUAUGUCGACGGGAAAUCAUUGAGCUAUUUAUUCAAUUCAACUGGAAGUAUAGCCGAUAAAUUCACAGAAAAAAGCUUUGAUCUAUAUGUGAAUCGUAUCAUACAUGUUUUUGGGAGACCUUCAUUUCCACCUAACUGACAUAGGCUGCGCAUUUUGAACGUUCUGUUCUUUGGCCACUUUAAACUAGCCCCAUAAUUUUUUAUCUGUAUCAUCUAUAAUAGUCCCAGGCCUUAAAUGGAUAUAGGCACAAUGGUAAUGGAGCGAGAGAUACCAAACGUGAGCGAACUUAAAAAAACAAGAGAUUAAAUAGAACUUUUAAUAUGGAGUCAAUUGAUUUAUUAGCUGUGUAGACUGCUAGAGCGACGUCACUCAUAUGGACGAAGCAAUAGUGCAUUUCUAGAGAUCCCCCAUUAAUAAAUAUAUCCUGGUACAUACAUUACUUUUAUUAUUAGCGCAAAUGUACAAAACAUAUAAAUAAAAUUUAACAUAAAUAACAGGGCAGGCCAGCACCCAUCAACAACCAAUGGAUACAUGUACACAUCGAAGGCCACGUACACACAAACACAUUGAUAGAAUCAAAAUUAACAGAAGAACUACUACGAAGAAAAACGAUAAACAGCACUAUACAAUACACGACGCGGCCUUUUGCGGCACACACGAAAUGAUAUGUGAUCAUAACUAUAUGAUAUGGUGUAAGCCAACCAACGACGGGACGAGGCAAAGAACUAUAAUGUAAACGAUAUAAACAAAGGUAACGCAAAUAAUAACGUACGUACAUAUUGUAUAUAUAUAUCGUACGAUAUCUGAACGUAUUAGAGAUCUCAAACACUAGCAGACGAAAUGAGCGGGACGAAAAAAACAUAAUCGAACAGGGGCAUACGGAUUUAGGCACAAAUACACUGAAAAACAUAAAGACACACAUUUUGUAUAGAAUAAAAGAGAAUAGAUAUUGAAAACGAUAUAGAGAUAGACCCGAGGUCUUGAGAGACAUGAAAUAGGAGCCAAGUGAAAAGUGGAAAUAAAUAUGAAAAAAUCAGUAAAAAUACGAUGAAGCAGAGAGACGUAAAAUCGACUUGUCACAAAACGACGAAAGUUUAAGCCCAAAGAAUAUGUAAAUAAAUCAAGUGACCGACAGGUGUA